GCCAUUUUCAGUGGCACAUCUUUUGAUUCAUGGCCAAAGCUCACUGCCUUCGUAUUAACGAGAUCUGGACUAGUGCGCAUUCAUGCAUUUCUCAUGUUUCUUUAGUUUACACAUCUCAUUGAUAAGCACUGAAGAAAUGCCUUAGGGAAUGGCUUCAAUGACAUCGUCUUGUGCUGUUUGCUGCACAUAACCUGCUUGUGUCUUACUGAAGACGGUUCCAACUUUUAUCAGCUUGUUUUUAGCCCUCUGACAUGAGUCACUCUGAAGUGAGAGACAUAGAAGAUUCAGUGAGAUGCCUAUCUAUGAAGAGUAACCAAUCAAUGGAUCCUCCCAUAACCUUAAAAAAGGGAGAACCUGCUCUGUUCAGUCAGAAGAGGAGAUCAGACUUAUCAGAGCAUAGCUAUGUGUCCAUGGAGAGUGCCUGGUCAAUGAACACCCCUGAAAGGUUCACAGAGGGAGCUUUUUCUACUGAGUGGAGUGGACAACCUGAAGCAAUAAAGACAUCAUAUGGAAAACAUCUGGAGUCAAUAUUCCAGGAACUUGAACACAAGGUCAUCUCUUUGGUGAAGGGUGAACUGAAUAGAUUUAAGAAGCUGCUGAGACCAGAUUAUUCAGAAUGCUGUGAGAGAGAGCCAGAGGAGCAGGAGGAUCAAAGUUGUGCUAGACAAGCGGCACUGAAGAUCACACUGCACAUCCUUAAGAUUAUGAACCAGUCAGACCUUGCUAAUACUUUAUUGACCAAACUAGCACCUGUGGCUUACAAAAAAAUCAAAUCAAAACUAAGGAAAAAGUUUGAAAUGAUUAAUGAAGGAAUCUCAAAACAAGAAAAUUCAGCACUUCUGAAUGAGAUCUACACAGAGCUCUACAUCACAGAAGGUGAGAGUGGGGAGGUCAAUAAUGAACAUGAGGUCAGACAGAUUGAGACAGUAUCCAGAAGACCAGCAGCACAAGAGACACCCAUCAACUGCAAUGACAUAUUUAAACUCUUAACUGGACCCAACAAACCAAUCAGAACUGUACUGACUAAAGGAGUUGCUGGGAUUGGCAAAACAGUCUCAGUGCAGAAGUUCAUUCUGGACUGGGCUGAAGGAAAAGCAAAUCAGGAUGUCCAUUGUAUAUUUCCACUUCCUUUUAGGGAGCUGAAUUUGAUGAAGGAUAAAAAGCUCAGUUUGAUGGAUCUUCUUCACUACUUUUUGACAGAAACUAAAGAUUUAAGAUUGAGUCACAAUGAUUUCUAUAAAAUCUUGUUCAUUUUUGAUGGUCUGGAUGAGUGUAGACUUCCUCUAGAUUUCCAGAAGAAUGAGAACUUGUCAGAUGUGACAGAGGUGGCUUCAGUGGAUGCGGUGCUGACAAACCUCAUCAAUGGAAAUCUGCUUCCUUCUGCUCUUCUUUGGAUCACCUCUCGACCAGCAGCAUGUGGUCAGAUCCCUUCUAUGUUUGUUGACCAGGUAACAGAGGUCCGAGGGUUCAGUGACCCUCAGAAAGAGGAAUACUUUAGGAAGAGGGUCAGUGACCAGAGUCUGGCCAACAGAAUCAUCACACACAUGAAGUCCUCAAGAAGCCUCUACAUCAUGUGCCACAUACCUGUCUUCUGUAGGAUUGCAGCCACUGUUCUAAAGAAAAUCUUGAGUCAAGCAGCAAGUGGAGAGAUCCCCAAGACUCUGACUCAAAUGUUCACACAUUUCUUGUCCUUGCAGACCAGACGGAGCAGUAUGAAGUACCAAAGAAAAUCUGAAAAUUCUCCUAACCAUAUCAGAAAGCAUAUUAUGACACUGGGAAAACUGGCAUUUCAACAGCUGGAAAAAGGCAACCUGGUAUUCUAUGAGGAAGAUCUCAGGUUAUGUGGAAUUGAUAUCACUGAAAUGUCAGUCUACUCAGGACUGUGCACCCAAAUCUUUCGAGAAGAGCUUGGGCUGCACCUGGGGAAAGUGUUCAGCUUUGUGCAUCUGAGUGUUCAGGAGUUUCUUGCAGCUUUAUAUGUGCUUGUCUCAUUCACCAACAAAGAUGUUCUAGAAAUGCAAGUCAUUGAGCACACUGGCUUCUUAAAUAAGGCAACGCUGUCUGAGUUUCUUAAGAGUGCAGUGGACAAGACCUUACAGAGCAAGAAUGGACACUUGGACCUUUUCCUCCGCUUCCUUCUGGGUCUUUCCUUGGAGUCUAAUCAGGCUCUGUUGCAAGGCCUACUGACACAAUCAGGAAGCAGCUCACACAAAGAGGAAACAGUCAAACACAUCAAGAAGAAAAUGAAGUUGAAUCCUUCUCCAGAAAAAUCAGUCAAUCUGUUCCACUGUCUGAAUGAACUGAAUGACCAUUCUCUAGUGCAGGAAGUCCAAGCAUAUCUGAGUGGUAGUGAUGACAGUUGCCUCCAGGGAGUCAAGCUAUCUCCUGUUCAGUGGUCAACUAUAGUGUUUGUGUUGCUGAACUCUGAAGAUGAGCUGGAGGAGUUUAAACUGAAUAAAUAUGACCCAUCAGAGGAAUGCCUUCAAAAUUUAUUGCCUGUGGUCCAAGUAUGUAGGAAAGCUCGGCUUAGCAAUUGCAAUCUUACUGAGAAAAGCUGCAAAAUUCUAGCCUCAGCUCUCAGCUCAAGCACCUCAAAUUUAAGGGAACUGUAUCUUAGUAACAAUGAUCUGCAGGAUUCAGGAGUGAAGCUGCUCUCUGCUGGCCUGCUGAAUCCACACUGUAAGCUAGAGACACUAAGCCUGAAUGGUUGCAAUCUUACUGAGAGAAGCUGUGGAGUUCUGGCCUCAGUACUCAGCUCAAAUACAUCAUGGCUAAAAGAGCUGGAUCUGAGUUACAAUGAACUGAAUUCUGGUAUGAAGCAGUUGUCUGCUGGACUGGAGAAUCCACACUGUAAAUUGGAGAGACUAAGCCUCUAUAACUGUAACAUGGACGAGGAAGACUGUGCUGCUCUGAUUUCAGCUCUGAAAUUAAACCCCUCACAGCUGAGAGAGCUCAAUCUGGGCUUGAACAAACUAGGAGAAGCAGGAGUGGAACAGCUCUCUGCUCUACUGGAGGAUCAAAAUUGCAAACUGGAGAAAUUAAAGUUGUUCAACUGCAGUAUUAGUAAGGAAGGCUGUGCUGCUCUGGUUUCAGCUCUAAAUUCAAACCCGUCACAUCUAACAGAACUUGAUCUGACAUGGAACACAGUAGGAGAUUCAGAAGUGAAGCUGCUGUCUGUUUUAAAGGGGAAUCCACACUAUAAACUGGAGAAACUACUAAGAGGAGAAAUGAUGAGCUUUCAGCAUCUUCACCAAGAACAAAGCACACUUGUCGAGUCCAUGGAGCUUUCAAGUAAGUUAAGAGAGGAACAUGCUUCCACUGAACUGAGACACAGUGAGCAGACUGCAUCCAUGAAGAGUGAACAGCCUAUAGAUGUUCAGCGGAUGUUCAGAGAGUGUGACUCUGCUACUAAUCUGAGACUGAUUCAGAGAGACAGUUCAGAAGGUCCUGAACAAAGCCGUACAUUCGCAAGGAGUGAUCAGUCUUUGUUGCGUCUUCUGAAGAAAAGUGGACACCCUUCCACUGAUGUGAGCUUGAAUUCACAAGAGAGAUUAGAUUCCCCUGAGCCGGGAAGAAUAACCAAGAGGAGUGAUCAGUAUCUGCCUUGGAAUUUCAGAGGAAGAGGGUCUGCUGCUGAUUUGAGCCUGAACCUACAACAGAGAUCAGAUUCCUCUGAGCCCAGCUGUAUAUCCAUGAAGAGUGAUCAGUCUAUGUUUUGUCCAUUUAAGUUCAGAAGCAGAGACUCUUCUACUGAUCUGAGUUUGAGUCUGAGAGAGAGAUCAGAUUCACCUACAUCCAGCCACAUAUCUAUGAAGAGUGAUGAUUCCAUGCAUAGUCCAGGGGGAAAUUUCAGAGAGGCAGUCUCUUUUGCUGAUCUGAGCUCACAUGAAAAGCUUUCCAGUGGCAAACAUUUUGAUUCCAUAUUCAAGGAGCUUGAGGACAGAAUCAUCUCUCUGGUGAAGAAGGAGCUGAAGAGGUUUAAAAAAUUACUGAGUCCAGAUUCUCUAGGCUGCUCAGAGAGAGAGGCAGAGGAUGAGGGUCAGAGCAUUUUCAGAGAAGGGGCACUGAAGAUCACACUUCAUGUCCUGAAAGACAUGAACCUCUUAAAUCUGGCCACUACUCUACAGACAAAAAUUCUCCCGUCAUAUCAACGAAAACUGAAAUCCAGACUGAAGAAAAGAUUUCAGAGCAUUAAUGAAGGAAUUCCAAACUAUGGAACCUCAACACUUCUGAAUGAGAUCUAUACAGAGCUGUACAUCACAGAGGGUGGGACUGGAGAGGUCAAUAAUGAACAUGAGGUGAGACAAAUUGAGACAGCAUCCAGGAGAACAUCAAUACAAGAGAGACCUAUCAAUUACAAUGACAUCUUUAAAUCCUUAUCUGGACAAGAUCAAUUAAUCAGAACUGUGUUGACUAAAGGAGUUGCUGGAAUUGGGAAAACAGUCUCAGUGCAGAAGUUCAUUCUGGACUGGGCUGAAGGAAAAUCAAAUCAAGAUGUCCACUUCAUAUUUCCAAUUCCUUUCAGGGAGCUAAACUUGAUGAAGGAUAAGAUGCUCAGUUUGAUGGACCUUUUACAUCACUAUUUUAGAGAAACAAGAGAAUUAGGAUUAACAGAUUGUAACGACUUCAAAGUCUUGUUCAUUUUUGAUGGUUUGGAUGAAUGUAGACUUCCUCUAGAUUUCCAAAACAAUGAGAUGAUUUUUGAUGUAGCACAGAUGACCUCAGUGGAUGUCCUACUAACUAACCUCAUCAAAGGGAAUCUGCUUCCAUCUGCUCUUCUCUGGAUAACCUCUCGACCAGCAGCAUGUGGCCAGAUCCCUCCUGAAUGUGUUGACCAGGUAACAGAGGUACGAGGAUUCAGUGACCCUCAGAAAGAGGAAUACUUCAGGAAGAGAGUCAGUGACCAGAGUCUGGCUGACAAAAUCAUCACACACAUCAAGUCAUCAAGAAGUCUCCACAUCAUGUGCCACAUACCAGUGUUCUGUUGGAUAUCAUCCACUGUUCUGGAGAAGAUGUGUCAUGAAGCAGAAAGUGGAGAGAUUCCAAAAACUCUGACUCAAAUGUUCGCACACUUCCUAAUCUUCCAGAUCAAACACAGCAAACAAAAAUAUCAAGGAAAAAGAGACUUUGAUCCUGAUCAGACCAGCAAGAUUAUCUGGACACUGGGAAAACUGGCUUUCCAACAGCUUGAAAAAGGCAGCCUGAUCUUCUAUGAGGAAGACUUGAGAGAGUGUGGCAUUGAUGUCAGAGAAGUGUCAGUGUACUCAGGAGUCUGCACUCAAAUCUUCAGAAAAGAGUUUGGGCUGCACCUGGGGAAGGUUUACAGUUUUGUGCAUCUGAGCAUUCAGGAGUUUCUGGCUGCUUUGUAUGUGUUUCUUUCCUUUCUCACCAGCAACAGAAAAAAAUUUGAAAAACAAGUCCCUGGAUUUGUUAGUUCUGCCCACAAGCCAACAAUAUCUGAUCUUCUCAAGACUGCAGUAGACAAGGCCUUACAGAGCAAGAAUGGACACCUGGACCUUUUCCUGCGCUUCCUCCUAGGUCUUUCACUGGAAUCCAAUCAGACUCUCUUACGGAGCCUCCUGCCACAGGCAGGGACAAGCUCCCAUAAGGAGGAAACAGUAAGGUACAUUAAAAAGAAGAUCAGGGAGAAUCGCUCUACGGAGAAAUCCAUCAAUCUGUUCCACUGUCUGAGUGAACUGAAUGACCACUCUCUAGUACAGGAAGUUCAAACAUACUUGUACAGAAAUGGCAAGAAUCGUCUUUCUACACGACUUGUCUCUAGAAACUUCACUGGAGUCAACCUCUCACCUGCUCAGUGGUCAGCUCUGGUGUUUGUGCUCUUGAGCUCAGAGGCAGAACUAAAAGAGUUUAAUCUGAGCAAAUAUGACCCAUCAGAGGAGUGUUUGCAGAAACUAUUGCCAGUGGUCAAAGCAUCCAGAAAAGCAAAUCUUAAUGGUUGCAACCUUACAGAGAAAAGCUGUGCCAUCCUAGCCUCUGCUCUCAGCUCAAAGCCCUCAAAUCUAAGAGAGCUGGAUCUAAGUACCAACAAUCUGCAAGAUAAAGGAGUGAAGCUCCUCUCAGAUGGACUGGAACACCCACACUGUAAACUGGAAAGACUUAGGCUUUGCGGCUGUAGGCUUACAGAGAAAAGCUGUUCAAUUCUGGCUUUUGCUCUCAGCUCAAAUGUCUCAAAUCUAAGAGAGCUGAACUUGGGCAAUAAUAAUCUACAGGAUUCAGGAGUGAAGCUGCUGUGUGAAGGACUGCAGAAUCCACACUGUAAACUGGAGAAAUUGAGGCUGCAUAACUGCAGUAUUACAGCAGAAGGCUGUGCUGCACUGGUUUCAGCUCUGAAAUCAAACCCCUCACACCUCAGAGACCUCAAUUUGGGAAUGAAUAACCUUGCAGACUUGGGAGUGAAACUGCUAACAGUUCUGCUGAAGGAUUCUCACUGCAAACUGGAGAAAUUACGACUGUGUGACUGUGGUAUCACUGAGGAAAGCUGUUUGGCUCUGGCUUCAGCUCUGAAAUUAAACCUCUCACUUAGAGAGCUGGAUGUGAGCUACAAUAAACUAGGAGACUCAGGAGUGAAGCUACUUUCUGAUCUAUUGAAGGACUCACAGUGCAAACUGGAGAAAUUACACUUCUACACCUGAUUGGGUCAUGAUUGGAAAGAUCAUUCAAUUACUGUACUGAUAAUUUCUGAAUAUGUACCUUAACCUAUGCCGUUGUACUUUGUAUUAAAAACAUCUGUACCUUCAGCACUUAAAUGCCAGUAGUUCCUCUGAGUAGUAUUAUUCUCAGUUGUCAGAAUUGUAGUGUAGAUUUAAUAGUUCAGUGCUCAAUUUGGAUUUUUUAAUGUUGUGCUUUGAAUGGAAUGUGUAGAUGUGCAUUCUUUCUGGAGAAGAUGAUACUGUGGCUGAAGCUGAAAUAUGCCUGUUGGUUUAGAGAAUUCAGCACAUUUAGUAAAGAAUGUUUCUUUGACAGUAGACAGUAGUUGACAUUAGUUCAACUUCAAUGCUAAACAUGUAACCUAUAACCAAUCACCAUCCCUUAAAAUCCCAGACUUAUUACAUACUGAAGCUUAUUGUUCUGUAAAUAAAGGGAAAUCAGUGCAAAUUGGUUAAGCUAUUCUGUAUAUAGAAGUGUGUAAUAAAACUUUGGGCCCGCUGAUGGACCCUGCUUAUUUAAGGGGUUUACAU